AGGAUUUUUCACCUCCCCGGUUUAUGGCUCAGGAGUUGGCAGCACCUCUUUCACGAGGGCAGCCACCAGAGCAGAGCAUUACAGAGACUACAACAUGUGCGUGCACGCGUAUCCCUGGGAUGAGGGAGACCUGAGAUUUGCGCCUUUGAACUCCACGGCGCACUCAUUCUCCAGCAGCUCCGAAUCAAACCUGAGUCUCUCUGUGAGCUAUUUCCCCUGUGAGGACAACUUUUCCUAUGAGAACAUCAUCUCCUGUGAAGACACAUCUUCUGAAGGUCCUUCAAUCCACUUUGUCCCUCCUAUCCAAGGGACAUGGCGGACUGAAAACAUAGGGAGACUCCUGGGGAGAUGGGACCAAAUACAGGACGACCCAGAGCAGUUUUGCAAACUAAGAAUCACCCUGGCCUGGGAUGUUGACAUGGCCUCUAAGAAUUCAGACUCAAUGGCUAAUUGGGGCCUAAGAGGAGACAACCAGUGGAUAGACAAGUAUCCCAAAGAGAAGACACAAUUGACUCUCAGCAAACUGGACGGUCUUGUGCAAAAGCUUGAGAGAUUUCUUGAGAACCAGUAAGAUGACGAAGAUGGGGACUGUGUGUUCCAUGAAUCUGUUCAGCAGGAAGACUCUCAGCUGUCUAGCAGCUCCCCUCCAGGUAUGGCUCAGAUAAUAAGCGAGGUGACUGGCAGCCAAAGGACAAGUAUUGCAGAGACCUCCUCAAUCUCAUCAGGUCCGCAAGAGAAGGAGGACACUCACUCCAGCACACAAGCCCUCUCCUGUCUGAACUUCGGGUGGAUCUUCCGCUGGCUAAGGCACCAAGUCCUCCCUUCAUUCUGGGGGAGAGAGCACCCCGAGAAGGCCACUGAGAGCCCCCAUCAGCUAGCACAAAAGAAACGACUCUCUCAGAAGAGAAUCCAACCUCAAGAAUCCCUCGAAUUGGGCCACCCCAUAUCGCCAGAUUUUUAA